UCGGCGUCUCACGGCCCGGCAGCGUCCCCGGCGAGGUCCUCCACCCCUUCCUCCUCCUCCUCCUCCUCCUUCUGUGUCACGCCUUCCUGCAACCUGCGAGUCCUUCCAACGUCGGAUUUCAAGUACGAGCUGUGCGUGCGCCGCGUGCUGUCCCUGGCGCUGCCCGGGGAGCCGCAGGGCCUGACGGAGGGGGACAGGGAGCUCUUCGUCCGCGGGAAGAUCAACACCGAUCUCGUGUCCAUGACGAGGGCUCUGGGGGCGCUCCUCAGGUUCCUGGACAAGCACGGGGCGGAGUUACUCGACGGAACCACACUCCUGGGCGGCACUCCUAUCCUGGGCGUCCAGUAUUACUGCAUGGACGAGUUGGCCCAGCUGGACGACGCGACGGUGGCGGCGCUGCAGCUCUUCUCCGAGGACCAGCACCCGUCGGCCUUCAAGAGCGGCAAGACCUCGAGUAGCAAGGAGGGCCUCAGCAUCUACGCCCUCCUCAGCCGGACCGCCUCGCCCAUGGCCGCCCACACGCUCAGGAGGGUGUUGCUGCGGCCCGUGUUAGACGCUGAGGUACUGGAGGCCCGGUACGCCGCCGUCGAGUGGGGCGUGGACACGGCUAACAUGGAGACGCUCAGACACCUUCACGCCUGUCUCAAGUCGAUCAGAAAUGUGCCGCACACUAUGAAUCGGCUUCAGAGAGGUCAGCUAAAUGUGAGGGAUUGGAGAACUUUGUAUAAGUCCCUCUUCAACGCUAUACUCGUGGGAGAAAUAUGUCAGGCCCAGGACCAGGAUAUUCCAAUCUUUAAGGAGGUGAGAGACCCUUAA